AUGCGCACGACAAUGAACUUCACCCUCCUGUCAGCUAUACUCUGUAUCCUCAGUUUGAUCUCUGUCUCACGUUGUGAAUUUCACGUUGUGGAGGUCCAGACCGGUGAAGAGGUCACGCUGCUGUGUACCAACUACACCAGUUCCCCCACUCACAUAUCAUGGUUCAGAGUGGAGAACGGAUCCAACACCAGUCUCAUCUCCCGCAUGCUCUCCCAUGACACAGUUGCAUUGUACUUCGAUGGGUUUGAAAGAGAAAAGUUCAACAUGACGUCCAACGUCAGUAACGUCUUUCUCCAAAUCAAACAAGUGGAUUUAUCUGACUCUGGACUCUAUAUAUGUGGCUAUAAGGUGGGCACCAACAGAAAAUUCCCAGCAGUUUAUAGUGCAACGUAUUUAAAGGUUAAAGGUUUUGGAGACGGGACCAAGCUGGAGUUUGAUGAAAAGUCUGAUGAACAAGCAAAUCUGACCAUCGAGAUCCUCAUGGGCGGUCUGAUUAUCAUCCUCAUUAUAAUCAUCAUCGCUCUGGUUCUUAAAAUCUGGAAACUUCAUUCAGCAUUUGUCGUUUUUGGAGACGGGACCAAGCUGGAGUUUGAUGAUGAGGUGGACUGGCUGGUGGUUUUCUUGAGUGCGACCUCAGCAAUCACCACCCUGCUGGUUCAGACUUUUUGA